AUGUCCCACGCCCGCAUAGAAGAGGUCUCCGACUCAGACCUCGAGUCGGCCUCUGACCCCUCCGAAGGCGACAUUGACGACUUUGACGACGCCGAUAUCCUGCGCCGCGUCGACCCCAAACGCGAGACGCCCGCCCAGACGAACGUGCCCACGCCCCAGACCGCCCGCCCCUCGGCCCCCGCCGCCGGCCAGGCCCCCGACGCCUACUUCGACGCGACCGCCGACGCCCGCCAGACUGGGCCAACCCCGGGCCGCGUCCAAGGUCCGCCUGCCGCCGCGACGACCCCGCCGUCACCCCGACCCGCCCCGUCGACGGCAAGCACCACCUCUACCUCCUCGUCGCCGACCACCUGCGCGCCCCACCCCGCCGCCGAGGACAGCCUCACCCUGCGCGCCCGCAUCCAGGGCGUGCCCCCGGCCAUCGACCCCGCCCAGCCCUGGCCCCGCCCCGCCGUGCCCCGCGGCUGGAAGAUGGGCGACCUGCUGCCCUACAUCAGCCCCGCCAUGACCGGCGGCGGCGUCAGCGAGAACCUCUUUGGCGACAUGAUGAAGGAGAUGCAGCAGGGCGGCGGCCCCGCUGCCGACAACCCCAUGGCCGCCCUCAUGGCGCAGGGCAUGCCCGGCGGCGGCGGCGGCGGCGGCGGCGGCAACGCCAUCGAGGACAAGCCGGGGAAGAAGAAGAAGGGCAAGGGCAAGGCGUAG